AAACUAGGAAUUUUCGCACGAUGCCACCAAAUUUCUCGUGAGAAUUGUCAUCGCUGUCGACAAUUCCUGCUGUCCAAGUUUUGGUGGGGCUGUUCAUGCGGUCAUCACUUAGUCCAUCGGCUGCACUUUCCUACAGGAAGCCCGGCGAGUUCAGUGUCGUCACUGCUGACUCUUACGCAUGUUGUAAAAGCUCACGGGCAUGGCUGUUGGGGUGCAAAACUGAAAGGUAUAUCAUCUGCCGGAGCAGCCGCCGCCGCCGGCCAUAGCCCAGGGAAGGGAAGCCCGUUUGGAAGAAUGGCCAAAAAGCCUAUCCAAUACGUCGUGGUGGACGCCUUCACGGCGGAGCCGUUCAAGGGCAACCCGGCGUCGGUGUGCGUCCUCGACGACGCCGAGCGGGCCGCCGACGCGCGGUGGAUGCAGGCCGUCGCCACCGAGUUCAACCUGUCCCAGACCGCCUUCCUCCUCCGGGAUUCCAGCUCCGCCGCCGCCGCCGCCCCGCGGUUCGGGCUCCGAUGGUUCACCCCCAACACCGAGGUCGCGCUCUGCGGGCACGCAACGCUGGCCUCCGCCCACUACCUCUUCACCUCCGUCCUCGCGGAGCACGAGGCGCUCAUCGAGUUCGCCACCAAGUCGGGGAUCCUCACCGCCAAGAAGGUCCCGGCGCCGGCGAGCGCGGGCGUCUCGGGUGAGGGGAAGCUGUUCAUCGAGCUGGAUCUGCCCGCGAUUGAUUUCGUGGAGUGCGAUGAAGCCGAGCUGCCGUCCCUCCCCGAGACCCUGAACGGAGUUCCCGUCGUCAGCGUUCAUAAAUCGACGACCGUCAGCGACUUCAUUGUGGAACUUUCCUCAGGAAAAGAGGUUGCCGAUAUCAUUCCUAACAUCCAUGAAAUCAAAAGGUGCUCCGGCAGAGGAGUUAUUUUUACAGGGCCAGCACCUGAUGAAUCUGGUUAUGACUUUUUCACACGUUUCUUCUGCCCAAAAUUCAACAUAGAUGAGGAUCCUGUUUGUGGUAGUGCACACUGUGUUUUAGCACCCUACUGGGCUCGCAAGCUGGGGAAACAAAAGCUGACGGCGUUUCAAGUAUCUCCACGGAGCGGGACAUUAUACCUGGAGUUGGAAGCUGCAGCAAGGAGAGUGCGGAUUCAGGGAGAGGCUGUCACUGUGAUGACUGGUACCCUCCUAACCUAGUGGCUCACUCCCCAUGUAUGCUCCAAAAUCUGAAGGGCAAGGGAACCUGUAGGCAAUUCCAAUUGCUGGGACAUAUAUACGGGCUUGUUCAACCGUAUUAGCUUAUGGAAUCAAAGUUCCUGAACUUUCUAUGGAGCUUUAAAUAAAGUUGCAGUUUGUAAAAUCGUACCGACAUAAAAGUACCAGCUCCCUUUGGGUUAUCAUUUCUCAAUGUAACAUAGCUGGGAGUUGUGAAGUACAGUACAUACGACCUUUGUUCAAGUUUCCUGUCAUGUUUGGAAACGCGAAUGAAACAGAAUAUUCAGAUCCUGCGGUUUAACACCAUAACUAUGUACUCCCUGAAACAAGAGAGAAUUUGAACCA